AUGAGUAACCCAGCUGUCCCUACAACAUCUACCUCCCUUGUCCUCAACUCUUUCAAUGGGCGACUUGACUUGGAGAACACCCCGAUCCCAAGCCCUACGCCCUUUGGAUCAGUCGUCGUCCGUGUUCUCAGCACUCCAGUCAGACCUCACCAGCGGGCUGGCUUCCAUGGAAAGACUUCACUUUCUUUCAAGCCCCCGUAUAACCCUGGCGACGGAGGUGUUGGCCGUAUCAUCUCUGUUGGACCGGACGCUGUAGCUCUGAAGCCAGGCCAACUCGUCUACAUGAACAACUUUGUCACUGCAAGAGAUGAUCCCAACACACGAGUUCUCCUUGGUAUUCACGAUGGCGGUGGUCCUGAGCGUGACAUCAAGCUAUUCAAUCUCUGGCAGGGCUUCUGGAGAGACGUUGCCGUCGUUCCAAUGGAGAAUGUUUUGCCUCUCGACGAGAAGAUUCUUGUCCAUGAGAUGGGAUAUUCUUAUGGCGACUUGAACUAUAUCCAGCGACUUUCCGUUGCGUAUGGUGGUAUCAAGGCUGCCAACAUCCAAGCUGGAGACACUGUCAUCGUUGCACCUGCCACUGGUCAUUUUUCCGGAGCAGUCGUCGAGCUGGCUGCUCAAAUCGGCUGCAAAGUCAUUGCAAUCUCCCGCUCCGCAUCCAAGCUGGAACCUCUCACUUCUCGAUUUCCUCGAGUCACCGCUCUUGAGCUGACUGGAGACGAGAAGAAGGACACUGAAGCUAUUCACGUCCUGGCACCGCAUGGCGUCGACGCUUACAUCGAUGUCUCGCCCCCUGCUGCAACAGCAGCUCCCCACCACCUGACCGUCUCGAUCAAUUCGCUCAGCUCUUUCGGUCGCGUGAUCUUUUUGGGCAUGAUGUUCGACAUCAAGAUCAACUAUGCCAGCCUCAUGGUUCGAAACAUCACUAUCAAGGCGAAAUUCAUGUACACACGAGAAGAGCUCGCCUCGCUGAUCAAUAUGAUUGAGGUUGGAGUUCUCAAGUUGGGUAAGGAAGCGGGACAUCGGGUUGUUGAACGUGGAUAUCGUCUGGAUGAGUGGGAAGAAGCGGUAACUGUAGCAGAAACAGCUGUAGGAUGGGGUGAGCAAGUGCUUCUUUACCCUUCAUCAGAGGUGAUCGAGUGA